GACCAUCCAUCGCUGCCUGUCCGUCGGUUUCUAUCGUUCGUGAAGUUCCUCUUUCUCUUUAUUAUCAAUCUAUCGCUUAUCACUUUUCCUUCCUUAUAUGGUUAUUAGAUUGCCUAUCUAAUGCAAGAGCUGUGUUGGUAAUGUACUCUUCGUCGAAUUCCUUUAUGGGCGGCGCCAACAGCGCUCGCCCGGGACAACCACCUUUCAUGCAGCAGCCUUCAUAUUCUCAAUUCCCCCACGGACAGCAAACGCCCCAGCAGCAGCAACAGCAUCAGACGGGUCUUGCCCCUCAACCUAACGGAUAUGGUUCCCAAUUGUCUGGAUUCGGAGGCUCUCAUCUGCAGCCUCAACCUACAGGGUUCUCUCCUGGGCAGUUACAACCACAAUUCACAGGGUUUCCACAACCGCAACAGCAACCUGGCUUCCAGACCUCCACUCAGCCGCCCCAGCUCACGGGAUACUCUAUUCAGAGCCAAGCCCCGCAGCUCCAAGUCCCUUCGAGCACCGGCCUACCGGUCCGGCUGGCCCCUCAGACAUCAUCUGAGAUAGCAGACUCCUUCAGGGAUAGCGCUGGUGCCGCUCCACCCCCGCCCCCCAAAACCGCCGGUAGCAAAAUUCCCAGCAUUCGGCUCUCAUUCAUAACAGCACAAGACCAGGCGAAAUUCGAACAGCUGUUUAAAUCAGCGGUCGGAGAUAGUCAGACGAUGAGUGGCGAAAAGGCUAAAGACCUGCUUCUGCGGUCAAGGCUUACAGGAAGUGAUCUGUCGAAAAUAUGGGUCCUGUCAGACACCACAAAGUCGGGCCAACUGUUAUUUCCAGAGUUUGCUUUGGCCAUGUAUCUGUGCAACAUACGGAUUACAGGCAGAAAUUUGCCAGAUGCCCUCCCCGAGAAGAUAAAGAAUGAAGUUUCUAGUAUGGUAGAUAUCAUUUCCUUCCAGGUCCCUGACACGCAACCAGAGGUGGCCAUCCCCACAAAUACUCCGAACUUCGAUGCGCCGUUACUGGAGAACAAAUCUGCUCCUCCAGCUCCUCAGCAACCGCAACCUCAACAGCCGACCAAUUCUCAGCUUCUCACGCAGCUCACAGCGCAGCCAACAGGAUUUCAUACUCAGCCGACUGGCAUUCAGUCUACUCAAGCUUCUUUUCCAGGCCAAAGCUCAAGUCUAAUCCCGCAAGCUACGGCCUUCCCCGGGCAGUCCCAGCAACAGUUUCUACAAGCUCAACCAACAGGACUGAUGUCCAAUCCCCAGCCUACAGGCUAUAGUGGACCCCAUCCCCCAGUGCCGCCGAUGCCCACGAGCCUCGGGCCCAACCUCAGUCCCGCACAGGCCGGUGGGGUUUCUGGUUUAAUCGCCCAGCCUACUGGAGUCCCCGGCCAGUGGGGCUUUGUCAAUGCUCCGUCUUCUGGAUUGCCCAAUAUAGAAGCCCUCAAGCAGCAACUAAUGCCUCAACCAGGCCAGAAAAAAAUCUAUGACGAUCUUUUUCGGGCAUGGGAUGGAUUUCAUAAGGGCUUCAUUGGCGGUGAUACUGCUAUCGAAAUUAUGGGGCAAAGUGGGCUGGAUCGGAAAGAUCUCGAGCGUAUUUGGACAUUGGCGGAUCCCCACAACAGAGGCCGGCUCAACAUGGAUGAAUUCGCUGUGGCGAUGCAUCUAAUAUACAGGAAGCUGAAUGGAUAUCCGGUUCCGAAUCGCCUCCCUCCGGAGCUAGUUCCCCCAUCAACAAGGAAUCUCAAUGAUUCGAUAGGCACAAUCAAAUCGAUGCUCUCCCAAGAUGCGGAAAGUCGAAAAGCGUCCGGUGCUUUUCUACAACCACAGAAAACCGGUGUAAGUUAUCUCAAAGAUCACUCAUUUCGUGGUGGUAGUGGAGUGUCUCCCGGGUUUGGCCGCAAAGAUGCCACUUUGUUCAAGAACAAUGACGAAGCUACCGCUGGGUAUCGUUCUAGCGCCCGUCGCCGUGUUGGAAACAAUGGUAGGACGCCCUCGCCUGCUGCUUCGCAAGCAUCAGAAGAAGAGUUGUCCGUUGGGCAACUGAGGAAGAAGAUACGCGAGACACAAAUCAUGUUGGAUGCAGUCGACUUCCAGGACGAGAAUCGCGCCGAGGAAGAAGACGCUCUAAACCGUAGAGAUCGUCGGGAAGUAGAGAGCCUGAUGGAUCGAAUCCGACGUGUUCAGGAUGACAUUGACACACACCCGGAUGCGGCCUUCCGCACUCUUGACAACGGUGCCGAGCGAAGGUCCCUACGCCGUCAGCUGCAAUCUUAUGAGGACCAAGUUCCUCAAGUAGCUUCAGAUGUUCGACGGGUUGAACGAGAGAUUGCCGAGGCUAAACUCGAGCUCUUCCGCCUAAAGGACGCAAAGGCUCACCCAAAUAGUGCGUCGGAUAUCGUGGGAACAGGUCCAGGGGGUGCAGUGACAGAGGCGGAUCGCAUCAAGGCUCGUGCUCGAGCUAGAAUGCAAGCUCGUGCAGCCGAGCUCGCCGGUAGACCCACACCGUCCUCGCAAGAUGAUGAUGGAGCCGCAGCUCGACGAGUUGAAGCUGAAAGCGCCAAAGUUAAGGCAGAUAGAGAAAAGAACGAUGCCAUGACUCGUGAUGUGGAGGACAGUGUAAAAGACUUUGCUCGAAGUCUCGAGGAUACCCUGAAAGAUGCGAGUGAGAAUUCAACGCGCGAGCACGAAAGACGACGGUGGGAAGAUGCUCUGGGAGUUGAGGAUGUGAUUCGAGACUUUAUUUACGACCUAAAACGUAACAGUCGAACCGCAUAUGUUCGGAAGGAAGAGGCAUCGCGAUCCAUGCACGAGGAGCGUGAGCGUCCCCGAUACGAUGAAGCGCCCCCUACCCGGCCUUCUCCUCCCCCAUCCACUGGUUCCACGGGCUCAUUGCCUGGCUCUACCCACGAGGAUCGUGUUGCCGCUGCAAGGGAACGUGCGCAGAAGCGCAUUGCUGAACGAAUGGCAGCUGCUGGCCUCAAGCCUCAUAAUAGCACUGCGGAAACCCUCCUUCAGCGUCAGGAACGCGAGAAAAAGGAACGCGAGGAUCGGUUGAAGCAAGCGGAAGAAGAAGAUACCAGGCGCGAGCAAGAAAGGCAGCGUCGACUGGCUGAAGAACAGGGUGGAUCAAUGGCGCAACCUGUUAAACCGACGUCCAAGAAACCCCCGCCGGCGCCGCCUUCGAGACGGGGCCGUACUGACAGCGCGGGUCAGGCGGAAGCUAAAAGGGCGGCAGAAGAAUUGGCGAAAGUAGAGCAGGCUGCCCGAGGGCGAACGAUCCGCGAAGAAGAAGAAGAAGCGCAGGAGGAAAGGAAACGUCUUGAGGACGAUGCUAGGAAACGUGAGGAGGAGUUCCAAAGAGAGAAGGAGGCACAAGAAGCCCGCCUCCGAACACUCCAAGAACAGGUGCAGCAGGGCAAGAUCAAAAAACAGGAAGCGAAGCGGCGGAAAGAAGAAGCAGACCGAUUAGCAAAAGAGCAGGAAGCUAAGCUUACUGCUCAUCGUGCUGAACUCGAAAUGGCUAAAGAACGGGAACGACAGCUCCAAUUGGAAUUGGAAGCCCUAGAUGAGGAAAGCUCCUCGGACGAAGAAGGCCCGGAGAAUAUCACUCCUCAGCAUAGCACCCCUGCUCAGAGUCAAAUUCUUCCUGGAGUCGACAUUGCAGCGCCUGUUGCUCCCUCAGCUCCAGUCCCUCCUGUUCCUGGACCAGAGCCAGACGGGUCGACUAGUGCUACGAGCUCGCCAACCAGCGAUCGCACCGGAUUAGCCCACCUCCCUCUAGAGACUGAAUCGAAGAACCCUUAUUUCAAGAAGAUCAGUCAGCCUGCCGAGAGCCAACUUGCCACACCACAACCCGUCUCUAAUGCCCCUGUAACCUCCCCCAAGGCUGACGUUCAGUCAACUAAUCCUUUCCAUCGGCUUGCACAACAGCAAGAUAACGCGAAACCUGCAUUCACAGCAGCAGGACCAAUAGAACGUGUGUCCCGUGCACGUCCUGAGACGGAUGACGACUGGUCUGCAGCAGGAUCAGACUUCGACUCGUCUGAUGAUGAUGAUGAUGAUGAUGAUGAGCGGCCUGGCGGUGGAAGUGCGAAGCAGCUCGCAAGCAUACUAUUCGGUACUAUGGCUCCACCGCGACCUUUGAGUGCGGUGGAUGACAAAUCUCCUUCGAAACCAUCUACCCCUGCGCCAGAUACUCCUGUAGCCGCUCCAACGGCACCCGAGGCAGAUGGAACCUUGUCUGUACCCUCUGCUGCUUCCCCACCUCCACCUCCACCCCCACCCCCACCAGUGGUAGCACCGGUUCCCUCAAUAGCGCUCAGCUCUGGUCCUCCAGAUGCUCCCCCACCGCCGCCGCCCCCGCCUGUAUUUCAUAUGGCCGCCUCGGCCCCCCCGGGGAUUCCUCCACCACCAGCACCUUCGGCUGCACCGGCAGGAGCACCUGGUCGAAGCGCCCUACUAGCCUCUAUUCAAGCCGGUAAAGGACUGAGGAAAGUUCAGACAAAUGACCGGAGUCUUAGCUCUGUUGCAGGGAGAGUGCUCGAUUAGCAAGAGGUGGUCAGAGAGUUCAGUUUGCCAGAAUUCAAUUGGGUAGAAACCUAUAGUCACUAUUCCUAGCCACUUCGCUUUAAUCCAUUACUGCUAAAUCAA